AAUUUACAUUACAAUGUUUACAGGCUUCAAUUGUUGAACUUCUCCAGAGAGAUUCAUUCUUUGCACCGGAAGUUGAAAUUUUUAAAGGAGUAUGCAGUUGGUGCAAAAUUAAUGAUGACAAAGACGAUUUGUUGAUGAAAUGUGUCCGGCUGCCAUUAAUGAGUGUUGCUGAUUUACUUUGUGUGGUUAGACCAGCUGGUUUGGUAAAAGCUGAUGCUCUCUUAGAUGCUAUUGCUGAAAGAACAAACAUUAGAUUAAGUAGUUUGCCUCAUAGAGGACAAUUAGUUUUAGACGAUAAUCUAGCUUGUCCUAGAUUAGGAUCCAAAGUCGUGUCUGGAGAAUUAAUGGAAUAUUUGUUAGAUGGUGAUUAUUACUCUUACGAUAUGGAAAAGGGUUACACUAGGCAUGGCAUAAAUGGGCCUGGAGAUCAUGGAAUAAUUGUUAAAUUGGGGCAACCUUCUAUAAUCAAUCAUAUUAGAAUGUUACUAUGGGACCGUGAUUUGAGAUCUUAUUCUUAUUACAUUGAAGUCUCCAUGGAACAGAAAGAUUGGAUAAGAGUUAUUGAUUAUAGCCAAUAUAGUUGUCGAUCUUGGCAAUAUUUAUAUUUUGAAAAUAGAGUUGUACAAUAUAUAAGAAUAGUAGGAACGCAUAAUACUGUAAAUAAGGUAUUUCAUUUAGUAUCCUUUGAGGCAAUAUGUAAAUUGAAAAUUCCAAAGAUGGUUAAUGAUGUUAUUUGUCCUAAUUAUAAUGUUGCGACAUUGGAUAAAAGUGCUGUAGUAAUCGAAGGAGUAAGUCGAUCACGCAACACGCUUUUGAAUGGCGAUACAAAGCGAUAUGAUUGGGAUUCUGGAUAUACAUGCCAUCAAUUGGGUUCCGGAGCUAUUCUAAUUCAAUUAGGUCAACCUUAUAUAAUCUCAAGUUUAAGACUUCUUCUCUGGGAUUGUGAUGAUAGGAGUUAUAGUUACUACAUCGAAUCAUCUAUAAACGUUUGGGAAUGGGAGAUGGUCGUUGAUAAUACAAGGGAGAACUGUAAAUCUUGGCAAGUCAUUCGCUUUCCUCCUAGACCUGUAGUCUUCAUAAGAAUUGUUGGUACACAUAAUACAGCAAACGAGGUUUUCCACUGUGUUCAUUUUGAAUGCCCAUCAAUGGAAGAUGUUGGAACACCAGCAAGUCCAAAACAGAAAAGGCUUAAAGAAAAUGUAGAGCAAGAGGGUCAAGUGCAACCAACAGAAACUGCCACUGAAGCUGAGGAGAUUCCGACUGAAAUCGAUAAUUCAAUGCAAUAAAAUUACAAUAACCACUGUAUAAAGUUUUACAUUGUAGGCUGUUGUUGCCUUUGUCCAAGUUACUUUGAAAGUGUUUCCUACUGUGGUAUUGGUUUAAAUUGUUUUAUUAGUUUCCAUAUACUGCAGAUUAGAAAUAACCUGUGAUUUCCUUUGUGGGUCCCUUGUGAGUAUUCCAGGAUUGCCCCAGAGUUAGAUUUAACCUUUAACUGAUAUUUAUUGUUAAUUGGCACAUUUUUUAAUAAAGACAUUUUAUUUUGUU